AUGCCUUCAACACUGGAGGGGCAGAUCACCAUGGAGAAGACACCCAGCUACUUUGUGACGAACCAUGCCCCGAAGCGCAUCCACUCCAUGGCCAGGGACAUCAAGCUUAUUAUUGUGGUGCGUAAUCCUGUCACCAGAGCCAUUUCAGACUAUACACAGACUUUGUCCAAGAAACCUGAGAUCCCCACUUUUGAGGUUCUGGCUUUUAAGAACAGGACGCUGGGUCUAAUAGACGCCUCCUGGAGUGCGCUGCGUAUAGGGAUAUAUGCGCUACACCUGGAGAGCUGGAUGCAGUAUUUCCCUCUCUCCCAAAUGCACUUUGUCAGCGGGGAGAGGCUGAUUGUGGAUCCUGCGGGAGAGAUGGCCAAAGUGCAGGACUUUCUGGGACUGAAGCGGAUCGUCACAGACAAACACUUUUACUUUAAUAAAACUAAAGGAUUUCCCUGUCUGAAGAAGCCAGAGGACAGCAGUACCCCAAGAUGCCUGGGCAAGUCGAAAGGGAGAACUCAUCCUAAAAUUGACCCAGAUGUGAUACGCCGGUUGCACAAGUUCUACAAGCCCUUUAACAUGAUGUUCUACCAAAUGACCGGCCAGAACUUUGAAUGGGAGCUUGAGGAGGACAGUGAAUCUCGCAGCUCUCAGGACUAG